GCUCUCAUGGUCACGUGUCAUGAAUAUAAUCAACAGAUACACAGAACGUUCGCAAAUUCUUGAAUAAAAAAUAGGGAAGUAUUUUAUAAAAACUACGUGAUCUACUCCGUCAUAACCGCUCACAGCAAAAGAUAUCAUAAUCAACGAAAUGUAUGGAGAUCGGCUGUCUCUCUCGCUUGUCAUGUAAUUACUGGUGAUAUGAUCUGAAUCCCAUCUAUCGACCGACAUACACAAAGUUCUUAUUCAAUUCCAGCAAUUUGUGAAAAACUGGAGUUCCAGGAUUUUGAUCUGAACGAAUCAGUAAUUACAAUUGAUGAUUCAGAAUUUGUCAUGGUAGAUACCCUAUCAGGAACGACUUUCUUUCAGCUUGAUUUAUCAGUUACGAAGGCGAAGCUCAAAGAACAAAGUGGCUGGUUGUUUACCAAAGGUGACCCAUAUGCGAAAGUCGUUGUUGAUAAUCACCCUGCCAAGAAAACAGAAACCAUCAAAAAGACCUGGGAACCAGUAUGGAAUGAACAUUUCGUUGUACUGAUCACGCCGUACAGUAAAGUGGAUAUUGAAAUUUUGUGCAAAUUUCCAUUGAAAAGUGACGUAUCUGCUGGUAAAGUUUCCUUGAACAUCAACGAGUUGCUUCACGCCAAUAAUGGACAAUUCAAAAACCUGAACUUGGAACUGGAACUUACGAGUGGUAAAGGUUCAUCUGCCGUGACCACCGGACUGCUUGAUCUAACUCUUAAUGGACUUGAUAAUAUCAAUAUGGCGAACUAUCCGAUAGCUGGUCGAAGAGCCAAUGGUAGCGUGCCUUCUGCUGCAGCCAUGACUUCAUCCUCACCUGACUCUCGGCAAAGUAAUUCGAAUGGCCCUGUCCCGAGGCGACCUGCACCACCAAGGCCUCCUCGUGCAUCUCGUCCGAUGAGCAUGAAUGCCGACUCCUCUAGCAGUCCUGGUGCCGCAGGCUCAUCCCAGGGCGAUGAGCGACCGCCCCCGCUUCCAAAAAGAACCAGUAUGCCGGUAAUACCCGCCAUUCCACCUCCUCCAACGCGAACUAAUGGGAAUACACCAUCAAGAAGGGAGUCUGGAUCCAGGGUUACGCCGUCAAGAGAUAAUCUCGCGACACAGGGUCGAAGUCAACAGUCAAUUACACCAACCGCUUCAACUUCCACUCCUUCUGGCACUACAAGAGAGAACAGCACUACAUCCUUGAACACCACCGGCACACCACCGUUUGGGGCAAACAGGCCCCUACCUCCCGUCCCCACGGGGACCACACAAAGCUCUGCGUCACCACCUACUAAUGCCAACAGACCGGCUUACUCUCAAAACGCACAGCCAAAUAACCUUGUGAAUGGCACCGCGAAUUCCAAUCCGGCUGCUGGAACUCCAUCUUCUACUCCUCAUUCUGCACCGGCUCGUCCUGCGGCCAACGAAGUGCCCCUUCCUGCUGGCUGGGAACAACGCGUCGAUCCUCACGGUAGAGUUUAUUAUGUUGAUCAUAACACUCGCACGACGGCCUGGGAACGACCUCAACCAUUGCCUAGCGGCUGGGAACGACGAACUGACGAGCGUGGCCGAACGUAUUACGUCGAUCACAAUACGCGCACGACGACAUGGCAACGGCCGACGCUGGAAACGGUCAGAAACUUCGAGCAUUUUCAAAAUCAACGCUCACAGUGGCAAAAUGAAAGAACACAUUUUCAACAACGUUUCUUAUUGCCACAAAAUUCCGCGGCUCCUGCACCAGAUGAUCCCCUCGGCCCAUUACCACAUGGCUGGGAAAAGAGAACGGAACAAAACGGUCGUGUGUAUUUUGUGAACCAUACAACUCGAAAAACACAAUGGGAAGAUCCUAGAAUGAUGAAGCUUUCUAUCCAAGAAAAGUCUCUUCCUCCAGGAUGGGAAAUGCGAUUUACGAACGAAGGCAUUCCUUACUUUGUCGAUCACACCACUAAAACGACGACGUUUAACGAUCCGCGUACGGGAAAAAACGUUGGAGGGCCAGCAAUGGCUUACGAGCGAAGCUUCCGUUGGAAAAUUACUCAAUUUCGAUAUCUUUGCCAGGCGAAUUCACUGCCAAGUCACGUAAAGCUUGGAAUAACGAGAAACAAUUUGUUUGAAGAGUCUUUUCAACAGGUGAUGCGUUAUCAGCCACAUGAUUUACGACGUCGUCUUUACAUCACGUUCAAGGGUGAAGAAGGUCUUGACUACGGCGGUGUUGCCAGGGAAUGGUUCUUCCUUCUUUCUCACGAGAUCCUUAAUCCAAUGUAUUGUUUGUUUGAGUACACCAGCGACAAUACGUACAAUCUUCAAAUUAAUCCAGCGUCAGGUGUCAAUCCAGAUCAUUUAGCGUAUUUCCGAUUUAUUGGAAGAAUAGUUGCUAUGGCACUCUUUCACGGGAAAUUCAUCGACCGUGGCUUCACCUUGCCGUUCUACAAAAGAAUUUUGAACAAAAAGUUGGUGAUGAAAGAUUUAGAGACAAUCGAUCCAGAAUUUUAUAACUCCCUCGUGUGGAUAAAGGAAAACGACAUUGAUGAAAUUGAUAUGGAAAUGUUUUUCUGCACCGAUCAAGAGAUUCUCGGGGAGAUAUCGACGCACGAUCUCAAGCCGGGCGGUUCCGAAAUUCAAGUUACGGAAGAAAAUAAAGAAGAAUAUAUUAGUUUAAUGACUGAAUGGCGUUUGAAUCGCGGAAUUCAGGAUCAAACGAAGGCCUUUUUAGAUGGUUUCAACAAUGUCGUUCCUCUUUACUGGCUUUCGUACUUCGAUGAAAAAGAACUUGAGUUGAUGCUCUGUGGAAUGCAAGAGGUUGAUGUCGAUGAUUGGCAGAGGAAUACGGUUUAUCGUCACUAUACGAGAAAUAGCCGACAGGUCAUCUGGUUUUGGCAGGCCGUAAAGUCGUUUGACAACGAGAAGCGAACGCGUCUUCUCCAGUUUGUAACUGGAACUUGUCGUUUGCCUGUUGGCGGUUUCAACGAAUUGAUGGGGAGUAACGGUCCUCAGAAAUUUUGCAUUGAAAGAGUCGGCAAAGAGACCUGGUUGCCUCGGAGUCAUACGUGUUUCAAUCGACUGGAUCUUCCUCCAUACAAGAGUUACGACCAGCUUAUAGAAAAGUUGACGUUUGCUAUCGAGGAAACCGAAGGUUUCUCACAAGAGUAGAACUAGUGCUCUACGCGUGAGAAAAUGAAAUCGAAUGGCCUAAAGUAAUUAGCGUUAGUUUUUUAAAUGUAUUGUCGCAUACGUUUCCCGCUCUCGUUUACUAAAUGCAAAAAAUAUGUUGGGUUUGUUUAUGCGAACAAUAAUACGAGGUAGGAAUUGAAAUUGAAAGUAUAAAGGAAUUUUGAUGUUUCGUCCUCGAAAGUUCUAUCGGGGAGCUCUUAAAGUGCUGUUGUAAGUGCUUAUCACGCCAAAAUGUGCUUUUCUCAGAGAACCAUUUAAAUUGUAGGCAACAACUUCGGGCGGUCGUAUCGUAUAUGAAUAACUUAUUGAACUUGUUAAACUCCGCCAUAUUGAUCGCAGCGUUUUUGCGCGGGAACGAGGCGGCAAGUUAUUUUACUUGGCAAACAUCGAAUUAUGCUUAGAACGCAUUUUGGUGUGUUUUGCACUUGAAACCAUUUAUAGCAAGGCAUGCAAGCAAUGUGAACGGAUAAACUGCACCCACUCCUCCCAUCGUACAUUCAUUCGUGUUUACGUUCCGCCGCCGCCGCCCCUGCCAUGGUCUUUUUAAGGUUGUAAAGUUUUGAUGCAGGUUGAUGAUGUGAUGAAAACAGCCGAUAAACCGUUUGCGUUGCUUGUUUGUCGUUCUCGCCCUCAAAUAAUCUUAAAUAAAGAAAUUUCAACGUUUGCUGUAUGUAAAAUGUAGACAUUUAUACUUUAAGAAGUUUGUAUUUAGUGAAAUAUCGUUGCACAACCAAUAUGUAAUUAUCAUGUUUUAAUACAAGGGACAAUCAUUUAA